AUGAGGACUAAGAAUCCUCUCGCUUUCCGACCAGGGCCUGUGUCAUUCUGGACUACUAUCAUAUAUCUCGCCCUUGCUGUUCCUCUUAUCUGGGUCCACGAGACUGUUCCUCCGGCUCCGGCUGAUCGAUCACUGUACCAGGGUCUCAACUUGACUGAGGCAUGGUUGGAUUUGCAGACAAUUAGUCGCGCCUAUCAUCCCUACAACAGUCACGAAAAUGACCUAGUACGCGAGUUCAUCAUUAAUCGCACCAAGCAGAUUCUGGAUCGAAAUGACCUGUCUUAUACUACCGAGAAGGCCGGUGGUGUAGACUGGCACUCAAGAGCCUCAUCUUUUGAGCACCAAGACUCGCCUGUCACUUCUAACGAUAAUUCUAAGCCUCGUGGAGCGACUCUCUUUGACGACAGAAUCUCCAACGUCUCAUGGACUUACAACACUGCCCGGCGCUUGGGCUCCAAUAUUUCCAAAGGGACGUGGUUGGGUCAGUACUUCGAAGGAAACAACUACUAUGUUUACAUCCAUGGCAAAAACGACCCUGAAGGCGACUGGUGGCGCGACGAAUCCAAGUACAAGAAGUUCCGCGGCGAGGGUGGUGUUCUUGUUAACUGUCAUUUUGACUCUGUUUCCACCGGUUACGGUGCUACUGAUGAUGGAAUGUCCUGCGUUUCGAUGCUUCAGCUUCUAAGCUACUUUACACUUAAAGGCCGCCAGCCAACGAAUGGCAUCGUUCUUCUCUUCAACAAUGCCGAGGAGGAUGGGCUCCUAGGCGCCAGAGCCUUUGGUUACAGCCCCUUGUUGCAUUUCACUCACACAUUCGUCAACCUCGAAGGCGCUGGAGCCGGCGGGCGCGCCCUUCUUUUCCGUACGACUGACUUGCAGGCUGCCAAGGCGUACUCCAAGAGCCCCCAUCCUUUGGGAUCUGUUGUUGCUGCGAAUGCUUUUGAACGAGGCGUCAUUAAGAGCGCAACCGAUUAUGAGGUUUUCGCAGACGCCUACGGACAACGUGGACUUGACAUCGCCUUUUACGCGCCUCGUGCUCGCUAUCAUACCAACCAGGACGAUACUCGGCAUACAUCUGUUAACAGCAUCUGGCAUAUGCUCUCGGCCGCUCUUGCAUCAACCGAGCAGUUAUCGAAAACAACCGGUACCAUCUUCAACGGUGAUCGAUCAGAUGGCAAUUCCGAUCUUGUGCAAAAUGGCAAACAAGCUGAGGGUGUAUGGUUCGAUAUCUUUGGCACUGCAUGGGCCGUGUUCGCGCUUAGGGGACUCUUUGCAUGGUCGCUAACGCUUCUUGUUGCCACACCACUCGUUCUCGUCGCCUUCACGUACAUCCUCGUGCGCAAUGAUAAGUAUUAUUUCUUUAGCAGGGACAUCAAGAUGCAUCACGACAUUAACGAUGAUCCGGUUGUGCUGGGUGGUUGGAAGGGCUUUUUCCGCUUUCCCUUUGCACUCCUCUUUGCGGGAGCAUUGACUAUCGCAUCUACGCUUUUGAUUGCCAAGUUCAACCCGCUGAUUAUCUACAGCAGCGGCUAUGCUGUGUGGUCUAUGAUACUAUCGAUCUUCUACUUCUCUUUCUGGCUCAUCAUGCGCGGAUCUGCAUUCGUUCGCCCAAGCGCACUCCAUCGCGGUUUUGUUCUCAUCUGGCUCUUUGCUCUUGGUUGGGGCGUCCAAGUUGUGUGCGCGGUGGCAGAAGAUCGUAUGCACAUUGGUGCUCUUUAUGCGACGGUGUUCUUCCAAUCAGCCAUAUUCGUUGCUUUACUCAUCUCUCUACUGGAGCAGUUUGCUCUGCUUGGAAAACACGACUUCGCUAUGCAGCUUCAUGAUGCGCAUCAGGCGCGUGACGUAUCGAGCCGCGAUAACGAACAUGAAUCGAGACCUCAAACAGCCAGCGAGCCUGCUCAGGGCGAAGAAGAGGAUGCUGAAGGCGAAACUGAAGAUGCAACCGAAACCACACCACUUAGAGCUGGUGACUCGGGUUACGGGUCUAACGCUCAGACUUCAUUCGCCAACACAUACCGCCGUUCAGUUGCUGAGAGCUCGCCCUCUCCGCCUAGUAUGCGACGAUACCAGCCUUUCGAGCACGAGCAAAGUUGGUCUGGACGCCUUCCUACAUGGACUUGGAUCCUCCAGUUCUUGUUCUUGGCACCAAUGCCCGUAAUUCUAUUUGGAAACAUUGGCCUGGUUGUGAUGUCCGCUACGCAGAUGACAGGUACCGACGGGGGUAGCCUCCUUGUUCCUGUGCUGUCUUUGGGCAUCCUCAGCAUAUUCUUGUUGCUGCCGCUCACUCCUUUCAUUCACCGUGUCACCCAUCACGUGCCGUUGUUCCUGUUUUUUGUUUUUGUUGGGACAUUUAUCUACAAUCUUGUAGCAUUCCCAUUUUCCGACGGUCAUCGCUUCAAGUUUUACUUCCAGCAGAUUGUCGACCUUGACAAUGGCACUGACACUGUUUCUAUUGUGGGACUCGAGGAGUAUGCCCGUUCUGUUAUUAGUUCGUUGCCCAGUACUUUGGGCCAGGACAUCAAGUGCCAGCCAGCUGUGGGACGUGAUCUGACGGAUUGUCAAUACGACGCUUCAUCUCUGAGUCCCAACUUGUAUAAGGGCAAGUCUCCUAAAGAGUUGGUCUCAAUUGAGACAGUAGCUGGUAGCGAUGGAUCGAAAGCACGACUUCGAAUUGACGCCGUCGACUCGCGACUUUGCUACGUUCGCACGUCACGACCUAUUUACGGAUUCGCUGUUGAUGGCGCAGCUGCGCGAGAUCCUCGAUUUGGAAAGUUCCCCUCAGAGGGCUUCAGCAGUGUACAGCUAUGGCGCCGUGAUCGGGAUCGGCCGUGGACACUGAACUUGUAUCUCAAUGACCGCAGUUCUCUUUCUGCAACAACCGAUUUGGAGCAGGACGAUGACAAGUCUAUGUCUGACAAUGAAUUGAGGGUGCGAUCGACAGAACAAUCAGCCGAUCGCCUAGAAGUCACGGUCAGUUGUGCUUGGAGCGAUGCCAACACACCGGGCACCAUCCCAGCUCUUGAUGAGCUUCUCAAGUAUAUGCCGACCUGGGCAGCAGUUACUAAGAAGAAUGUCGGACUUGUGGAAGUUCGUAAAACUCACAAGGUUUGA